UUGGAACCCCUGUAACCGGGCACCCACAUUCUAGUCCGGUACAGGGUUACUUGGCUCAGGACAUCGGACACAGAAAGAUGUUUUCCUGUUGUCUGCCUGCUUCCUGGGGCUCUGGGUACCAGAAACCCCAGGAAAAUGGCUUGUUCCCAUGCUGCAGACAUUGGCUCAAACCUCGCCCCCAAUGCCCUCCCAGGGCAUUUCGAGGGAGAUGCCAUAAGAACGCUCCAGAGGAGAUGGUGCAGGAGCUGAAUGUCGACACCCCCUGCUCUCCUUCCUUGAAGGACAAGAAGCCCCAGAAGGCCAAUAGAGUCUGGCGCUGGCUCAGGGGGAAAAAUAGUUCAACCAGGAAGAGGAGGAGGACCUCGGUGCUGUUGGCCAACCGAGCCAACAAGCUACAGGCCACAAUAGAUCACCUGGUGCCUGCCGUCAUAAGACAAGAUCUACGCUAUGUCCACAUCUUUCUGGACACAUACCGCGCCUUUGCCACCCCCCAGGAGGUGCUGGACCUCCUAUUUGCAAGAUUCGGAUGCGUUUACUCCACCUAUGACGAGGUCGGCGGACCCCAGGAGCAGCGCAACAUGGCCAUCUAUGCCAUCCUGAACACGUGGAUGGAAAAGUAUCCAGGGGAUUUUGUGCAGCCUCCAGAGUCUCCCAGCUUGCAUGUGCUGCUGGCCUACCUGCAGGUCAAUGUGCCGGGCUCGGACCUGGAGCGCCGGGCCCAGCUUCUGCUCUCAGAAAUGCAACACGCUGAGGCCAUGGAGCCAGAGGCUGCGGGUGAGAAGGACUGGGGGUGACUGAUGUGGGCCUGAGGAGGAGGCAGGGUGGGCCACCCUGAGGAAACCUCCCUAGAUAGUAGUUGGGCCGAGAGGAGUGAGUCUUCUCAGAUCCUUGUCCCCAUGGGCUUCCGUUGGGGACACCUUCCAGGGCCUGGGUCUUGAACACAGACCACGCUGAGUGGUGGGAAAAGGGAAAGGCAAAAGGGAAGUCAAUCAAGCUGAUGAUGCUUUCUCUUCUUGGAGCUACAGCACCAGCCCCAGAGCUAGAUCAUGAUGUGCCUCAGGAACUCGUCCCAGCAGCCACUCUGGCACCCGCUGCAUCUCUGGGGCCUGAGCUGGCCCCCAAAAUCCCGGCUGUGGCAGCUCACCACGGGUCAGGAAGAGCAGGGACA